AUGAAGUUGAUCGCAAUUUUAGCCGCUUUCAUCGCAGCUAGUGAGGCAAUAAGCUUUGGAGUAUUGGACCAGAGCUUGGGCAGAACACCUGAUCGUGUGAUUAAAACUGGUCCUCUGAAUUUCGAGGUUGUCUCUGAGGCAACAAAACUUGAGUACCGCAGACAAGGAAAACGAUUCAUCGACGUCACUGAGUCUGUAUCAGUGCAAGAUGCCUAUGAGAAAGGUAUGAUCUCGGGGGUUGGAGAGAACAACAUUCUUACUGUUUUCUCCAAGCAAGUUGAAACAUUAAAGAAACCGAUUCCAUCGUACAACUACCCAACCAAUACGACGCAAAAGAGCAUUGUGGGGCCCCUUCUUGAAGAAAUCGAUAUCGAGCGAGUCAAGUCCAACUUGGCCAAAUUUACGUCGUUUUACACUCGUUACUAUAAGUCUUCCACUGGUUUUGACUCUGCCAAUUGGCUCUACGACACAAUCAAUGAGAUUUUGUCCAUCUUGCCUUCGAAGGCGUACACGGUGCAAAAGGUCAAGCACAAUGGCUGGGACCAAUACUCUAUUGUGGUGAGUCUUGUGGGCGAGAAGAAGGAGAAGGUUAUCGUGGGAGCGCACCAAGACUCUAUCAACUUGUUGUUCCCCAACUUACUUGGCGCACCUGGUGCAGAUGAUGAUGGUUCUGGAACAGUUACCACUUUAGAAGCACUCAGAUUAGUUGCAGGAGCAAUUGCAAAAGGUGAUUUUACUCCACAUAAUACGUUGGAAUUCCAUUACUACUCAGCCGAAGAAGGAGGAUUGCUCGGUUCUAUUGAUGUGUUCAACAAGUACUUUGCUGAGAAUGCUACUGUAGUAGGUAUGCUUCAACAGGACAUGACUGGAUAUACUGCGGGCACCGUGGACCAGGGUGUUGAGCCCCAUUUUGGUUUGAUUACUGAUUACACUUCGACUGGACUCAACGACUUCAUUAAACUCGUGAUUGGCGCCUACUGUGGAAUCAGCUACCAUGAAACUAAGUGUGGCUAUGCUUGUUCUGACCAUGCUUCAGCCUUAGAGAAUGGUUACCCUUCGAGUUUCUUGAUUGAAAGUGAGUUCAAGUACACCGCGAAGCAAAUCCACCUGACUAUGGAUACGAUGGACAGAUUGGAUUUUGAGCAUGUGAAAGAGCACAUCAAGUUGACCGUGGGCUAUGCUGUGGAACUCUCUGCAGCCCACAAGUUAUAA